UUCCGGAAAUUGUGACCGCAGCUGUUUUUCACUCCGCUGUGACUCAGAGCACUCCGGAUUGCAGGAGAAAAAGAAAUCUUGCAUCACCAUGGUGCACUUCUAUGGCCUACUCACCCUCCAACGGGAGCCAGUGCCACUGAAGAGUAUCUCUGUGAGCGUGUCCAUUUACGAGUUUGUGGCUGAUGUGUCUGCAACUUUGAACUAUGAGAAUGCGGAGAAAGUUCCUUUGGAGGCCGUCUUUCUGUUCCCCAUGGACGAAGACUCUGCUGUUUACAGCUUUGAGGCCUUGGUGGAUGGGAAGAAAAUUGUAGCAGAAUUACAAGACAAGAUGAAGGCCCGCACCAACUACGAGAAAGCCAUCUCCUGGGGCCACCAGGCCUUCUUAUUGGAGGAGGACAGCAGCUCCAGGGAUGUCUUCUCUUGCAAUGUGGGUAACCUCCAACCUGGGUCGAAGGCGGCAGUCACCCUGAAGUAUGUGCAGGAGCUGCCUCUGGAAACAGAUGGGGCUCUGCGCUUUGUCCUCCCAGCUGUCCUGAAUCCUAGAUACCAAUUCUCUGGUUCGUCGAAGGACAGUUGCCUUAAUGUGAAGACUCCUAUAGUCCCUGUGGAGGACCUGCCCUACACACUUAGCAUGGUCGCCACCAUAGAUUCCAAGCAUGGCAUUGAGAAGGUCCAAUCCAACUGCCCCUUGAGUCCCACUGAGUACCUAGGAGAAGACAAGACUUCCGCUCAGGUUUCCCUGGCUGCUGGACACAAGUUUGAUCGGGACGUGGAACUCCUGAUUUACUACAGUGAGGUGCAUACCCCCAGCGUGGUUUUGGAGAUGGGGAUGCCUAAAAUGAAGCCAGGUCGUUUGAUGGGAGAUCCAUCCGCAAUGGUGAGUUUCUAUCCAAAUAUCCCGGAAGAUCAACCAUCAAAUACCUGCGGAGAGUUUGUCUUCCUCAUGGACCGCUCAGGAAGUAUGCAGAGCCCCAUGAGUAGCCAGGAUACAUCUCAGCUGCGCAUCCAGGCAGCCAAGGAAACACUGAUUUUGCUACUGAAGAGUUUACCUAUGGGCUGUUAUUUCAACAUCUAUGGAUUUGGCUCUUCCUAUGAGGCAUACUUUCCGAAGAGUGUGAAGUACACUCAGCAAACAAUGGAGGAGGCUCUGGGGAGAGUUAAGCUUAUGCAGGCCGACCUAGGGGGCACUGAAAUCUUGGCACCACUCCAGAACAUUUACAGGGGACCCUCCAUCCCAGGCCACCCCCUACAGCUUUUUGUCUUUACAGAUGGAGAAGUUACAGACACAUUUAGUGUAAUUAAAGAAGUUAGGAUCAACAGACAGAAACACAGGUGUUUCGCAUUCGGUAUCGGAGAAGGUGCCUCCACCAGCCUAAUAAAAGGUAUUGCCCGGGCAUCAGGCGGCACCUCAGAAUUUAUCACAGGCAAAGACAGGAUGCAGUCCAAGGCUCUCAGGACUCUGAAACGCUCUCUGCAGCCUGUGGUAGAGGAUGUCUCUCUGAGCUGGCGUUUGCCUCCUGGUCUGUCUGCUAAAAUGCUUUCCCCAGAACAGACCGUCAUCUUUAGGGGUCAGAGAUUAAUCAUCUAUGCCCAACUGACCGGGAGGAUGCCAGCAGCAGAGACAACAGGAAAAGUAUGCCUCAAAUACACACUCCAGGGCAAGACUUUUGAGGAUAAAGUGACAUUUCCUCUACAACCCAAGCCUGAUGUCAACUUCACCAUUCACCGCCUUGCUGCCAAGUCCUUGCUCCAGACCAAGGACAUGGGCCUCAGGGAGACUCCAGCAAGUGAUAAAAAAGAUGCAUUGAACCUCAGCCUUGAGUCUGGUGUCAUAAGCUCCUUCACAGCUUUCAUUGCUAUCAAUAAGGAGCUCAACAAGCCAGUUCAGGGGCCUCUGGCUCAUAGGGACAUCCCAAGGCCAAUGCUGCUGGGUGCUUCUACCCCAUUGAAGAUAAGAUGCCGAUCAGGUUUUCGAAAGGCCUUACCCUCCGACCGUCCUCCUUCUGCAUCUCAGCCCAUAAGGAGAGUUAUGUGUUGUGAGGCCGUCUCAUUCCAGGUGGACAAUUACAGUCUCUGUGGGUUGAUAAAUCACAAGGACCGGCACAGUCCAGGCUUUGGAGAGAAUCAUCUUGUGCAGCUGAUUUACCACCAAAAUGCAAAUGGUUCCUGGGAUCUGAAUGAAGAUCUAGCCAAGGUCCUAGGUGUGAGUUUGGAAGAAAUAACGGCUGCACACCCUGCUGAGCUUGUGGAUUCCUCAGGCUGGGCCACCAUCCUGGCCGUGAUCUGGCUGCAUGGCAAUGGUAAGGACUUGAAGUGUGAAUGGGAGCUUCUGGAACGGAAGGCCAUGGCCUGGAUGCGUGUCCAUGCAGGCUCCACCAUGCCUUUGGUUGUGAAAGCUGCUAUUACUUUCCUGAAGUCAUCUGUGGAUCCUGCUAUCUUUGCCUUUUGAAGAUACCAUCCAGAAAAAGAAGUGCCUUUAAUUUGCUACCGUCAUUUCCUCUAUUAUCACUUCUUCUGUGAUAAUGUGUUCUUGUGUUUUAUAACUCUUUAUUUUUUGCCGUAAAAGUAAAGGAUGCUUACUCCA